AUGGUGCAGGAGGCGUGGGACCUCCUCAACGCCUCCGUCGUCCAUUAUUACAACCAACCCGUGGGAACAGUAGCAGCGGCGGAUCCCACAUCAACGGCGGCGCUCAACUACGACCAGGUGUUCAUCCGCGACUUCAUCCCCUCCGCGCUCGCCUUCAUGCUGUCGGGCCACCACGAGAUCGUUCGCAACUUCCUCCUCUACACGCUGCAGCUACAGAGCUGGGAAAAGACAGUGGACGCGCACAGGCCAGGCGAGGGGCUCAUGCCGGCCAGCUUCAAGGUCACGCAGACUCCCAUGGAGGGCAGCGCUGGGGGCGGGGUGGCCUACGAGGAGCACCUGGACCCUGACUUCGGGGAAUCCGCCAUUGGCCGCGUGGCUCCUGUUGACUCUGGCCUGUGGUGGAUUCAGCUACUGCAAGCAUACGGGCGGUGCACGGGUGACGUAUCGUUGCAGCAUCGGGUGGACGUGCAGACGGGCAUCAAGCUCAUUCUCAAGGUCUGCCUGGCGGAUCACUUCGACAUGUUCCCCACGCUCAUCACCACCGAUGGCUCCUGCAUGAUCGACCGGCGGCUUGGUAUACAUGGCCACCCGCUGGAGAUCCAGUCUCUCCUAUACGGCGCCCUGAGGGCAGCGCGAGACAUGCUCAUCCCGGAGGGCGACAGCAUCGACCUCAUCAGAGCAGUGAACGCGCGGCUCACGGCCCUGGCCUUCCACAUCCGCCGCUACUACUGGCUCGACCUGCCCGCGCUCAACACCGUCUACCGCUUCAAAACCGAAGAAUACUCCCACGACGCCGUCAACAAGUUCAACAUCUACCCGGAUCAGAUCCCCCCGUGGCUCAUGGACUGGAUUCCGGACCGCGGCGGGUACUUUGUGGGGAAUGUGCAGCCGGCGCAUAUGGAUUUCCGGUGGUUUGCGCUGGGGAAUCUGUGGGCGAUUGUGAGUAGCCUGGCGUCGCACCAGCAGGCGGAGGCGAUUUUGGAUCUGGUGGAGGAGAAGUGGGACGACCUGGUGGGCGGCAUGCCCAUGAAGAUCUGCUUCCCUGCGCUGGAGAAUGGCGAGUGGCGGAUUAUUACUGGCGCGGACCCCAAGAACACAGCAUGGUCGUACCACAAUGGAGGCUCAUGGCCGGUGCUGCUGUGGCCGCUGACAGCAGCGUGCAUCAAGAUGGGUCGCCCCCACCUGGCACAGCGCGCUGUGGAAGUGGCUGAGAGGCGCCUGCAGGCCGACCGCUGGCCCGAAUACUAUGACACCAGGAGAGGGCGGUUCAUAGGCAAGCAGGCGAGGCUGCACCAGACGUGGAGCAUAGCGGGGUACCUCACAGCCAAGCUGCUGCUCGCCAACCCCCACGCCCAGCGGAAGAGGUCUGCCACAUCAUCAACUCCACCACCUUCCUCGCCUUCAACCCCCACCGCCGCCACCACCCCAACCCGCUGCCCUCGCCGCUCUUCUAAAGAGGGUUCCUUGGAGUGUGGCGCUGUUUCUUAUGGAAGGCACGCCGUCUCGCUCAUAGCAGCCGAUGAGGGCUGUGACAUCAUCAACGCCUCUACCACUUUCCUCGCCUCCAACCCCACCGCUUCCACCGCCCCAACCCACUACCCUCUCUGCUCUUCUGAAGCAUUUUGA